AUGACGCUGUGGGACUUCCGUAAGGGUUUUGGGAGGUGCACCUGUGGCUCCUGCCAAGUUCUACCUACAAGGGGCGAGUGUGUUUGUUGUCGGCAGGUCGCAGAGUUCGGAGAGAAGAUGGAGGGGCUGGAGUGUUUCACACGCCAUGAAGACUUUGCCAACGCCUGCCUGAAUAGGACAGUUUUAGAAAUUGCCUGGUUGCAGUAUCGACAGCAGUAUGGCAAGCAAGCCUACGAUGGGCCACUCUUUAAAAAGUUGCGACAUGUUGCCUACAGGCAAGUUGUCAGGUGGACCUACGGUUACCUCGGGAAAGACAUUCGGGUCGUGAUCCCUUCCUGUGUUGUUUGUAACAUUCGUGCUGUGUUCCCUGCUCCUGGACUGGAGGAAGAUGCCUAUUAUCAGGGAUUUGUUGAUGGACAGUAA